AUGUGGGAGUGGGGGGAUGAUGCUAGUGAAAGACUGCGACAGGAACGCAACAAGGAAGCACAGGAUCUCAUAUCACAAAACAAAUUUGAUGCUCGAGCUGUGUUUGAGAAGACUAUAUGUGCAGGACAGCUACACAAUUUACGCCGUGCAUCAGCAACGCCCCCUGACUUAUUGGCAAACUCCAGUCCUCUUGGCAGGAAAGCUUCAUUGCCAGUGUGGCCUCCAAAAAUGGAGAAUGGAAUCCAAGAGGAAGUACAGUCUGUUCCAACUCCAGAGCAGAGUCCUGUGAAAGUUCCAGAAAUGUUUAAGUCUGAUACUGUACAAGAAGAGGUUCUAGCUCCACCAAGGCAGUUCGAGCAAGAGUCUCCUACAGAACGUCUUCCUCAGGAGGCAGGCACAAACCCCAACUUAGACAACUGGCACGUCCACCACAGUGAUAUAGAACCAGAGCAAGAAGUUUUGGUGAGUGAUGAUGUUGGACUCAGAGCUCGAGCUCUGUAUGAUUACCAAGCUGCCGAUGCUACAGAAAUAACUUUUGACCCUGGUGAUAUAAUUUCACAUAUUGAUCAGAUUGAUUAAGGCUGGUGGCAAGGACUUGGACCUGAUGGAACAUUUGGUCUCUUCCCGGCAAAUUACGUGGAACUGAUUGACUGA